GGAUAACUCCGCAUGCGCGCAGUACACAAAAUGUCGAGAGGACCGGCAGAGUUUCAAAAUAACAAAAAAGGAAAAGGGUCUGAAGCAAAAGUUUGGGCACCUUGCAUGUUAGACCUGCGGUGAGAGAUUUAUUGGAAGAAAAACCCCAACUGGAAGGAAACCACGACUGUAGACGAGGGAACAGCAACAAAGUGAACCUGCCCGAGGAUUGAGAGCAUCAACUGGAGAGAACCCAUCUGACUCGGAGAUUCCAGUGAGUCAGGCAGGAGAAAGUUUGGUUAAAAAUGACAAGGAAUUUGUCUACGGGAAUCUCAAACAGAUCACGUCAGGUUUGCUGUCUGUAUCCAGAUAUUUAAGACGAGGAGCAAGGGAUUCAUUCAACCUUCCUUCCUGCUCAGACUGUGUGGAGGGAUUCAUUUGCUCAUCUGGCCGAUGGCACACCCGUUAUUUUACACAAGAGAGAGUCCGUUCAUAUUCUCAGACUGUGGGAAGGGAUUCACUCGGUCAUCUCAACUGAAGGAACAUCAGCGGGUUCACACUGGGCAAGGCCAUUCAUCUGUUCUGUGGGUGAGAAGGGAUUCAGUCACUCUUCCCAGCUGUUCACACUGGGCAGAGGCUGGUCAACUGCUGAAUUUGUGGGGAAGGAUUCACUCGGUCAUCUGAUCUAAUGGCUCAUCAGCGAGUUCGCACUGGGGAGAGGCCAUUCACCUGCUCGGACUGUGGGAAGGGAUUCAAAUACUCAUCUAAACUGAAGGAACACCAGUGAGUUCACACUGGUUAGAAGCCGUUCACCUGCUCAGUCUGCGGGAAGAGAUUCACUCGUUCAUCCACCCUAAUGGCACACCGGCGAGUUCACACCGGGGAGCGGCCGUUCAUCUGCUCAGACUGUGGGAAGGGAUUCACUUGCUCAUCUAAACUGAAGGAACAUCAGCGAGUUCACACUGGAGAGAAGCUGUUCAGCUGCUCGGACAGUGGGAAGGGAUUCACUUGGUCAUCGGACCUACUGGUACACCAGCGAGUUCACACUGGAGAGAGGCCGUUCACCUGCUCAGACUGCGGGAAGGGAUUCACUUGCUCAUCCCAACUGAAGGUACAUCAGAGAGUUCACACUGGGGAGAGGCCGUUCACCUGCUCAGAGUGUGGGAAGAGAUUCACUCGGUCAUCUGAACUACUGGUACACCAGUCAGUUCACACUGGAGAGAGGCCGUUCACCUGCUCAGACUGCGGGAGGAGAUUCACUCGGUCAUCCCACCUACUAAGUCAUCAGCGAGUUCACACGGGAGAGACUGUUCACCUGCUGUGAAUGUGGGAAAGAAUUCAUAUGGUCAUCUUGACUACAGAGACACCAGCAAGUUCACACCAGUGGUAGAGGCUGUUCACCUGCUCAGACACUGGGAGGAGUUUCUCUCAGCCUUCUCAAUCAAAUGUGCAUGAUUGAGUUCAGGCUGGGUACAGGCCGUUCACCUGCUGUGAAUGUGGGAAGGGAUUCACUCAGUAACCUAACCUUGUGACACACUACUGGGUUCACACUGGGGAGAAAGUUUCAGUAAGCUUCAUGCUGGAGAUUUGUCCGUCACCAUUGCUGAAUGCAAUUUCAAGAGUGACUAUCGGUGCUGAACUCUGCAAUUAUUGCUGCUGCUCACCACAUCCAGUUCUUCACACUGGUCACUGGGUGACUGGGAGGAGUUUCUUCUGGAUAUUCACCUUUAAUGGGACUAGAGUUUACAUUCUGGAUCUGGGAA